AUGAGUUCAUAUGCGAAUAACACAAGCGAACACAAUGAAUUACCAUUUAGUGGUGUGAAUGACCUAUUUGCGCUUUUGACACAUUUCAGCUAUCCAAUGAGUCACAAUCGCGCUUCAACGCGUUGGUACGAGGCCAACGAUUCAUCCUUUCCGCUUCUAAAUGCAAUUAUUUCUAUUCCUUGGAUGAAAGAGCCUUGGUUAUUCGCAUUGGUCAGUUUCCAUACUUCCAUCCUGAUCGGAGGAAUUUGCGGAAGGAAACACCCCACAUUCCUAGCUACACUUCUGUUUGCAGUUUUGUCGGGUUGUGUUUGUUCCGCUUGGCUUAACGAAUUGGGAGCGAAGUACUGGAGAUAUUUUGCUACUGAGCAAUACUUUGACAGUCAUGGCCUUUUUCUGCUUUUAUCUUGGAGUUUACCAACUGUCCUCAACGCUAUUGUGCUCACGAUCUUGCUACUUAUUCAAGUUGGCCAUUUGCUUGUACAGAAGAAGCGACUCGAUUUGAAAAUGUGUCCACAAAAGUUGAAGACAAAUUAGCGUUAAUCGCUGACGGUUCCUUAUUUUAACAUACGUUCAGUAAUACAUUUCAUUGAAAUUUCUCCAAUGCUGUCAAUAGUUCGGCGGGUUCUCUCGCUUAUCCACUGUUUUCCAGGGUCAUUACGAUGUCUUUGGUUUUCACUUUUUGGCUUUCGUUGCACGCAAUACUGUUAUCAAUAAUGUGUUAGUGUCC